GAGGUGCAGCAGGCACUACAUGUUGCUUUGUGCACACAGUGUUGUUGCUGUAGGUCAGGUGUGUUAGGGGGUGGGGGCACCAGAUUUCUCACAGAUUCAGCACAUGCAUUCGCAUCCAAGUGCAGGUGUUCACAGUGGGUAUGGGGUCUGCAGGCAGCUGUAGGGCUUUUAUAAGCAGCAAAAGGCAAAUAGAGACAUCCUGGGGCUGGUGUGAGUCUGUUUACUACAGAAUUGGGAUAAUAGGGCUUGGGGGAAGGAGCAAGGGCAAGUAUGCCAAAGCUCAAGAUGUUUUUUUCAGGGUGAGAGCUGCUUGUAGGAUGCAUGUGUCAUAUACCUGCUGCCAUUCAGCGUUGCUUGAUUAACUUUUAUCCCACUAAUUAUUAGUAUCUCUGUAGUAAACUGUGCAUCUUUUAUGGAUGGGAUGGUGUGUCCUGUAUAUAUGAAUGGAGUGGGGCAUCUUUAUGAGAUGGGAUGGCUGCUACAGCUGACAUGCAAAUAGUGACUGUAGAGAAACAGUUAACAUCUGACCACACAAGAAGAACAAACACUCCAAAAACUCCAGGUUUGCAUGGCUGCAUGAGCUAGGAACUAGCAGUGGGGGAAAUGACAGCUACUGUUACCAGACCCAGCUUCUUUGGAAAAAGAAAACUGAGCCAGUUUCAGGAAGACUAUGCCCCUGUGUGGCCUCAGGCCACUUUUUAUUAUCAGCAUUACAAACCCAGCCAGCACUGUCAGCAGGAAAGGGCAAUGGGUGAAAACCACCCCCAACCCCGGGGCCUCCCGUGCGCUGCCACACUUCUCCUAUUCCCUGGCUCAAAUAGGGGAUGCUGCUGGGCUGGGGCCAGGUCCUGUCGGUAUGGCAAUGCGGGCAAUCCUGCUGCUGGGGCUGCUGCUGGUGGUCCUGUGCUCUGGGGAUGCAGCCCUCCUGGAAGCCAACGGCAACCUGAACUGCCGCUGCGCCAAGACCACCACUGCCUUCAUUCCCCUGCGCAAGUAUGAGAGCAUUGAGGUGCGGCCAGCGGGGAGCAGCUGCCGGCGCCUGGAGGUGCUGAUUAAACUAAAAACCCUCGAGAGGAUCUGUGUGGAUCCCAACACUCUCUGGGUGAGGAAGCUCCUGCAGGACCUCCCGAAGCUGAGGAAGAAAGCUGCUCCCCAGUGAGGCCUGACACGAUGGCCCCAUGGCUACACUCAUGGCUGGAUACUCUGCUCCCCAACACUGCUUCUCCCCCAGCCCAGAGGGCAUUUUCCCCUGUUAUGCACCUGUGGAAAGGAAGAGGCUUUUCCCCAGCUCCACAGUGAUGCAUCCCGCAGCCCCCCACCGUCAGCAACAAGUGAGAUGUCCCCUCUGAGCACAAGACACUGAGGUCUAAUAAAGGCAGCAGCCCUCCCUCAUUUACCAUCA